UUCUCUGUGUAGUGUUAAGAACAUAGAAUAUAAAACUACACUGAUACUAGUACUAAUUACUAUUAAGUAUUUGUAGUAAGUAAGUUAGUAGUAUUAUUAAAAUUAAAGUAGUAUAGUAUAGUAUAUUAUUUUAAUGCUAGUAGUAGUCAGUACUAGUAUUAAGAGUAUUAAUAAUAACUAGUAUUACUUGAUACUAAUACUUAAUGUUGCUCAAUAUUGGUAUUAGUAUAAAUCUAUAUUCUAUUUUCUCUAUAAUAUUACUAAUGCUAUUAGUAUACUAUAGUAUUGACAGUAUUAGUAUGAGUGACGUCCACGUUGACGCCACCUGCUCUCGCCUAGCUAAAUUACAAAUAAGAGUGGGGAAGAAGUAAACAGAAGCCUCGUUGGCACCAAAGCGUUUCAAACGUGUCAAGUGAAAUGAUAGAAUAAUGCAAUGAAUCCAGCAGAUAAAGAAACCAUGUCAGGAUUGAAAAAGAGAGAGAAAAUGGAUUCAACAUCCGUGAAAUGGAACGCGAACGGAAUCGUUUUACACGUCUUCAUCCUGAUCACGUGCCUCAAAGUACUUUUAAUUCCCACAUAUCAUUCCACAGAUUUCGAAGUGCAUCGCAACUGGUUGUCCAUAACGCACAGCUUACCAAUGAAGGAAUGGUACAUCGACAACAGGUCCCAGUGGACUUUGGAUUAUCCUCCACUAUUCGCCUGGUUCGAAUACAUUCUCAGUCAUGCUGCGGAAGUUGUCAAUCCUGAAAUGGUCAAAGUAGAGAACCUGAACUAUGCUUCGUCGGAUACUAUCUACUUUCAAAGAGGUUCCGUAAUACUUUUGGACUUGGUAUACGCUUAUGGAAUAAGAGAAGUGGGAAAAGUUUUCUGCGAAUCAUGGGAUAGCUACGCUAUUUUCGCAAUUUUAUCGUUAUGCAACAUGGGAUUGUUAGUGGUGGAUCAUAUACAUUUUCAAUACAACGGAUUUCUACUUGGUAUUUUACUAUUGGCGAUCGCAAAUGUCUCCAAAAUAAACAGUCAAAUGUCUGUCUUGCGAGGAACUCUGUGGUUUGCGCUGUUGUUAAACUUGAAGCAUAUUUAUUUAUACGUGACGCCAGCUUUUGUAAUCUGGCUGCUCAGAUCGUACUGCAUGAACACCGGUCACUUCUUUAAGCGUCUGUUUCUACUUGGGAGUAUAGCCAUGGGUACCUUGAUGGUUUCGUUUGGCCCAUUCGCAUCUCAAUUACCUCAGGUAUUAUCGAGGCUGUUUCCAUUUAAAAGAGGCCUGGUACAUGCAUACUGGGCUGCAAACGCUUGGCCACUGUACAUAAGUGUGGACAAAGUGGCAUCGAUAAUUUUAAAACGAUUAGGUUGGCUGAAAUUUACCAAAGUGGCAGUAAUGACCGGUGGUUUGGUACAAGAACAGUCGUUUACUAUAUUACCAACGCCUACUCCACCCGUAACAUUCUUAUUAACCCUUUUCUCAAUGUUGCCUGCAUUGUACUGUCUAUUCUUCAAAAAACACUGCGCCACAAAUCCAAAGCAGUUUGUACGUUGCUUAGUUCUCUGUGCCUUGUGCUCCUUCAUGUUCGGCUGGCACGUACACGAGAAAGCUAUUCUGACUGCUAUUGUUCCACUGUGUAUCUUGGCUGCGACAGACAAAAACGAUGCCAGAAUCUUCUUAAUUCUAAGCAGUGCUGGGCACACCGCACUUCUACCAUUACUUUACCCAAACAAUUUAACACCAUUAAAAAUACUAUUACUCCUGACAUAUAUGCUCGCAUCUUUCCUAGUUUUCUCUCGAAAAUUCAAGCAACGUUUGCUUUAUCCUCACGAGUACGCGUACGUUGUUAGUCUACCGUUGUUAACAAUCUACGAGACUAUACUUCACAAGUUAAUAUUUGCCGAUCAACUACCAUUUCUGCCUUUAGCCCUUACAUCCGUAUAUUGCUCGAUCGGAGUGAGUUAUACUUGGCUGCUUUACUAUUACAUGUUCCUGCGAUGUUGCGAUAAUAGCGAUAAUCAAAGAGUGAAAAUGGAGUGACAAGAUUUUGUGAUAAAUUGUAAUAAAUCGUGUAUGAUAAUUGCCAUAAAAUUAAAUAAAUUGCUGUUAUGUUUA